AUAAAAUCAUACAUUAAUCGUCUUUUCUUUUUCUUUCCCUUUAUUUUUUCUUUUUUGGUUAAACCCUCCCUAAAGCAAAAAAAAAAAAGAAUAUAUAUAUAUAUAUAUAUACAACAAGUGAAAUGCAAGUCAUUCCUCUCCACUUCAUUCACCUUUACCAAGCGAUCUUGGUUCUAAUGUUAUUCAGAUCACCCUUCAUCCGACAUGUUCAUCUAUACAACAGGACAACGAAAACAGUGAUCCAAAAGAGGUAAAUUAUCGUAAUAUAAACAGGAGUACAAGUUUUUUUUUUUUUGCAUUUAAAUAAAAAGAGGGCACUAACUGAGGAUGCUAUUUUCAUAGGGUAGCAGAAAUGGUGUAACGUCUCAUACAAUGAAAGGGUUUUCAUGUUUUGAUUUGCCUAGUUCAUCCUCUUCCACUACUUCUUCUUCUUCUUCUUCUCCUCCUAGGAAAAGAUCCGUCACAUGUGAUGCCAAAAUGAUAUGGGGACACAAACGACCUCGAAAAUUAAUACGGUCUGAUGAAGAAUUCUCACUAAAUGACAUACCUUCUACAUCGGCAUUGAUUCCUACCAACAACAACAACAACAAUACAACAACAACAGAAGCAAAUCUAACCUUAAACGCAUUAUGGCAACUUCCUUCCAUGAUUCAAGCCUUUGAUACCAUCUCUCCCAAUUUAAAAUCCUAUCUAUUAUUUCAAUUACUAAAGCGAUCCUCGACCAACACGCUUCAAUUUAUUAACUCGGUGAUUAUGCCUGUUUUGAAACAUGAUUUUUUAUCCACAUUACCGUUGGAGGUAUCGAGACGAAUUACAAGUUAUCUUGAUGCCCUUUCAUUGAGUAGAGCAUCGUGUGUAUGCAAGAAAUGGAAAUCGGUGAUUGAUUCGGAUAAUCCGUCCUGGAAAAGACUACUUUUAGAAGACGGUUAUUCUCUUUCAGACCCCUUAACUCACUCCUCCAUCAUCCAUGAUUAUAAACAACUCUAUGCAAGACAUCAUACCCUCAAACAAAAUUGGAGGAAAGGAAGAGCUCAAGAAACUUGGUUCAAAGGACAUGAUAAAUUUGUAGUCACCUGUUUACAGUUUGAUGAUGAAAAAAUUGUUUCUGGUGCGGAUGAUUCGCAUGUCAAUAUCUAUUAUACCGAUACGGGUAAAAAACGCAUGACAUUAGAGGGUCAUGAAGGAGGUGUCUGGGCAUUGCAAUAUGUUGGGAACACACUCGUGACGGGUUCGACAGAUAGGCGAGUGCGUGUUUGGGAUAUGGAAACUGGGAAAUGCACGCAUAUCUUUACGGGGCAUACAUCUACCAUAAGAUGCUUGUUAAUCACAAAGGGCGUUCAACCCAUGAUCGUUACUGGCUCUCGUGAUUCUACCCUCAGAGUUUGGAAAUUGCCUGACCCGAAAAACCUUGCAGGCCAUUAUCAUGGUGUCGGUGAGAAUCCGUAUUUUGUACAUUCAUUGGUGGGCCAUCGACAAUCCGUGCGUGCCAUUGCCUAUCAUGGUAAUGUGGUGGUGAGUGGUAGCUAUGACAACACAGUGAGAAGUUGGGAUAUCAGGACAGGUCGAAUGAUUCAAUUAAUGGAGGGACAUACGCAAAAGGUGUAUUCGGUGGUAAUUGAUGCAGAAAGAGAUCGAUGUAUGAGUGGCAGUAUGGAUUCAUCUGUUCGUAUUUGGGAUUUAAAGACAGGGGAUUGCAUCAAGAGAUUAGAGGGACAUACAGUGCUUGUAGGACUACUAGGACUAACUAAUAAAUACCUUGUGUCUGCAGCAGCCGAUUCUAUUCUAAGAGUAUGGUCACCCGAUACUGGUAUAUGUAAUCAUGCAUUAUCUGGACAUGGAAAUUCUAUUACAUGCUUUCAACAUGACGACCAAAAAGUUAUAUCCGGCUCUGAAGGUGGAUUAAAAAUGUGGGAUAUCAAAACUGGUAAAUUCAUUCGAGACUUGAUCACCGAAGUGGACUGUGUAUGGCGUGUUGCAUUUGACGGAAGAAGAUGCGUAGCUGCAGUACAAAAAAAAAAUGAAACUUCGUUUCGAAUAUUGGAUUUUGGUGUUCAAAACAUGUAAAAGAGAGACGUUGAAUUACUGGAAAAAGCGAGGGUAGGAAGGGGGGGUAGUCAAUAAUAAAAUACCGCUUCUGUUCGCUUAACUACAUAACCACUUUUUUUAAGAAGUUCGAUGGUUUUUUUUUAUAUAUAUACCUGUGCUAAGUUGCCUGAUUUUAUGUUUAAAACAAUGGCAUGUCCAUUCCGAGUAGUAAUGUGCUCAUAUCCAUUCCUUGGAUAACUGAAGGGUAACUUUUUGGGUUUUUUAACUCGUAGUUUGUUAUUCUUGAUUUCCAAUUUUCAUAAUAUGCUAUUUCAGAGAAACGUAUUUUAUUUGAUAUGCAGACAUUCACUUCUUGUGCGCGCUU